AUGAAAGCAAUUGUUUAUCAUGAUAGAGGAGAUAUUCGAUUCCAUGAUGAUUUCCCUGAACCUCAAAUUAUACGUCCUGAUGAUGUUAAAAUUAAAAUUCAUUAUUGUGGAAUUUGUGGAUCUGAUUUAAAAGAAUUUACUGAUGGUCCAAUCUUUUUCAGUAAAAAGGGUACUAAUAAUGAAGUAUCAAAUUUGCCUUAUCCUCAAUGUAUGGGUCAUGAAAUAAGUGGAGAAAUUAUUGAAAUUGGUCUGGAAGUUACCACAGUCAAGAAAGGUGAUAAAGUAGUGGUUGAAGUUACAGGUACUUGUUUUGAUAGAUAUAGAUUCCCCGAAUCACCAAAUUUUGAUAAACCAAAAUGUCCAAGUUGUACAGCUGGUCAUUAUAAUGCAUGUGAUUAUUUAGGAUUAACUGGUUUAGGUUUUACAAAUGGUGGAUUAUCAGAAUAUUUAGUUACUGCAGCAUCUAAAGUUAUUAAAUUUGAUGAAAAUAUCAUCCCUACUGAUGUUGCUGCUUUAGUUCAACCAAUUGCUGUUAGUUGGCAUGCAGUUCGUGUUUCAAGAUUUCAAGAGGGGCAAAGUGCUUUAAUCUUGGGUGGGGGGCCCAUUGGUUUAACUACCAUAUUUGCAUUAAAAGGUCAUAAAGUUGGUCAUAUUGUUCUUAGUGAACCAGCAUUAGCAAGAAGAAAAUUGGCACAAACUUUAGGGGUAGAAGUAUUUGACCCUACUGGUAAAUCAGUUGAUCAAUGUGUUUCAGAAUUAAAAGCAAUGUCUCCAAAUGGUCAUGGUUUCAAUUAUUCUUAUGAUUGUUCAGGGGUUCCAGCAACUUUUGAAACUGGAUUACGUACGUUGAAUAUUAGAGGUUGUGCCACUAAUGUAGCUGUUUGGGCUCAUAAAUCAAUUCCAUAUUUCCCAAUGGAAACUACUUUUACGGAAAAAAUCGUUACUGGAUCUAUAUGUUUUGUUAAAGAAGAUUUUGAAGAAGCUUUAGCAGCAAUUGAAUCAGGACUUAUUCCAGUUUCUGAAUUAAAAACAUUAAUUACUUCUGUUGUUAAAUUAGAAGAUGGAGUUGAAAAAGGAUUUAAAGAAUUAAUUCAUAAUAAAGAAAAACAUAUAAAAAUCUUAUUUACUCCAAGAAAUGAUGUGGUAACGGAAUAG